GUGUUUAAUAGAAGAGCUCGUUCUCUGUUAACACUAAUAAGACUGAGAGAGCAUGUAGGCUAGAACAGUGUCACACACUGGCAACUCACACCACGCAGGAGGCGUGGCUCCCGCCAGGCACGUAUAUAGAGACGGGAGCAGCUGGCACGCUCAAGAGAGCGUGCUGUGAGUUAGCAGUCUGCCGCUGGCUUCGUGAGAAUUUCUGACUCAGUUACUCCAGAAAAACUAUAGACGUGUGUGAAAGAGGGGCGUGUUGGUUUAGUGACACGUAUUGCUAUCAUGGCUACGAACAAGAUUGCUAUGAAAUUUAGAAGCAUUACUUAUCCUAAUCACGAGACUUCUAGUCAGAAAAAGCAACGAAAAAGGCUACAGAGAAUGCAGAGCUUUGACUUUACUCAGAGCGAGUCUCCGAUGGUGCCACCGAAGUCGAGCGUCAGCAGGAGGGAGGUCUCAGCAGAGGGUCGGCUGCGAACACAACAGUUUCAAGAUACACACUCGGUCUCUGCUACCUUAGCUCCAGGGCAGAAGUUACUGAGGUUUUCUGACGAAUGUUGGUACAGUCCAGGAGAGCAGCCAGGCCGCUCACAUGAGGCAAGCGUGAGCUGCCUUACCUCACCCAAAAGCAAACCAGGAACCGCCGUCAGGAUUGGCGUGAGCAGCGUGGAAAGAUUGGUAGACUGGCAGCGACAGUCCCCAGAGAAACACACCAUCAGCUCAAGCAACAGUCAAGACCACUGCCAACGACACAGCCGUUCUAAAGAACGUCGUACCGAUCGCGAUUCUCUAAGCAGCGAGCGACGUAGCCACUACUGUACUUCCGUCAGUCUUCCACCUCCAGCCAAGUCGGCCGAGCAGACUACCACCGUCAACACACCGACAACUCCAACAGUUACCUCUGAGAGCAGAGGACGACGUUCACAAUUCCGUCGGGCGUGGUCACUCUUCUCUCUUACCUGCGACAAAGAAGUUGAUCGAGAUCGCAGGGAGAAGUCUCCUCAGCAGAAGAUCCUGAGGCCACCCACACGCCAUUUCUACCGCAGAGGUCUGUCAGGUCUCCCCAUUGAGUGCUCUACUAGAUACCUCGGACUUGCCUACUGAUUUUCAGCCGAGGCGGACCCAUCGAGCCGCCCUGGACCGUGGACACGUUGAACUUGUGAGAAAGAAGCUGGUCUUCGCGCACAUCGACUUUUUUUUUUCCCCGCACUCUGUGCACAUGGAAGAAUUACAUCGAACAAUGUUGAGUGCUGCCCUGCACGCAAGUUGUAGCUGCUUGCCACAAAAAUAGUGUGUCUGAGGCAUACUAAGUGGUGUAGUAUUUCUCGUGUUGGGUGGUUGACCGCCUCGACGCUGAAGGAACACUGGAAUUGUUUCCCGUGACAUCGAACUGAUCGAUCAUGCAUUUCAGUCACUUCGAUGAGUUGGCUGUGUGAGUUAGUUUUGUGUUUCCAACCUGAGCUCACCAAAGAUAUCUGUGACCAUUGGCUAGAUAAGUUUUUAUUGUAACAUAAAAUGCAUCUUGUCUUCAACCUUUAAAAUCCUUUACAAGAACUUUUUCAGUCUUAAUAAUAAUAAUAAUAAUAAUAAUAAUAAUAAUAAUAAUAAUAAUAAUAAUAAUAAUAAUAAUAAUAAUAAUAAUAAUAGUAUAAUUUGGAAUAAGCGUUGAUAAUUGGCAAUAUAUAACAUGUUCCAACUGGGCAUUCUGUAAACAAGUCUUACUGUGAUUUUUCAAACAUUCUAAAAACAGGAGUUUCACAAACAAGAAAUGUGAUGCUCCUUGCCUUCUCUUGGUGUCUUCUAGCAGGUGGACUUGUAUAAAUAUAUAAGUGGCCUUCUACAUGCUUGAUUUUUUUCACUAAACCAAAUACAGUUAUUAGUAUUUGGAGGACAUAGGACGUGGUCCUACCUUGUACCUUGACGGUAUUCUCUGCUGUUAAUAUAAUGAUAUACUAUGUAUGGAUAACUGCAUAUGUGUACCAUGUAUGUGUUUCUAAAGUUUUGUAUAUAAACAUUUAAUAUAAUCGUUGAAUAAAAUUUGACACCAAA